GUAGCGGAGCUGGAAGUAUUGCGUAUGGAACCACUAGGUAUUUUUCGAAUAUGCGCUUGUUGGAGCAGGGGCUGUUCAAGCCUGCUUUUCAUGGUGCUGCGUUUCUUGCUGUAGGGGUUGCUGGUAUUGCUGGUGCUGUUUAUUGGUCUACGGUCAGGGAAAGGAAGGCGAACAGGGAGGACGAACAACACGCAUCUUAGUCGUGCUUGAUCCCGGACGGCCGAAUUGAGCUAGAGCGAUCGAAGCAGAAGACCGUGUUACGGGGUUCGUGUUGCGGAUGUCUUGUGACGACACAUGAAAGGCAUACCGGAGUGAAGUAUUGAGACGUGAUACUCCGCAUGGUCUCUUUCGACACAACAUCCCACUUGUGUCCUCAGCCAGUCAUGGGAAACCAGUCGUCACGUAAGUCGUCUUACUCAUUGAUCAGUCAAAGUCACGUCAACAUAGAUCCAUAUACAACACCUCCCGGAACUCCCUCGGAUGACGAACAAAGCCCUCUCCCACCUAUGACCAUGUCCCCAAGACCUCGUCGCCCAAAGUGUCUGCGAACGGCCGUAUUCUGGGAACUUACAGACUGCCGCCACUAUCCACCCUCGCCAGGCACUGGUCUUACGCUCAUCAGCCCAGUACCUUACCCCUACAAGCCAUCGCCUUUGCCAGCAAGCUUUUACGGCGACGAUGACAACGAAGAUAUCGAAGAUAACGACCAAAUCAUGACCUUCGACGGCACCACUUCCCCCCGCGACCCCAUGAUAAUCGACACCAACACACUCGCCCACAUCUCCGCCGACAUGAAAGAAACCCUCCGCGAGUCCCGCAGCGAAAACGGCUACCCCAUCACCUCCUCCCCCUCAACCAGAAAACUCCUCCGCAAAGCCUCAGCCCUUUCAUCAUCUCCAAACCAAUCUUCUCCCUCCAACCCACCACCUCCAGCCCCGCCAACAUCUCCAAAUCUCUCCCCCGUCAACCCAUCCCCUCAGGACCUCGAAGUUUCCACCCAUCUAUCCCACCACCUCAGCGCUCUAGACUUACAUUCCGACAUUCGCCCCCAUUACUCUCAAAGCGCCGCUCAUCUGGCUAGAAAAGCCCGCAUCAAGAACACGAAAACCAUCCAGAGAUCUGCAGUCUACAAACCAAGGGAAAGGUUCAAGGAUAAGAUGGAAGCGAAUAUGUGGCAGUUGAACAGAUGGGCAGAUGGCGAUGAGGAGAAGAAGAUGACGGUGGCGAGGAUAUUGCAUGGGAGGGGGGAGGAGAGGACGGAGGGGAUGGUGGACCUAUUCUGAGGUCUGAGGGACGGAAAGGAAGUUGCGGGUUGAAUAGAGGGGGGUUGGAUGAAUGAGUUGGCUGCGCGGGAGGACGAUUCUGUGGUUUUGCAUCUCCUGAGUCUUGGAGUUGGUAUUUUCAGAUCCCCAUACCUCUGAUUUCGUCGCUUCGUCUACUCUCAGAAAGAGUAGUGCAAUUGAGAGAACAACUUUUAUCACAUUUGUCCUUUCAAGAAAUUCCCUCUGUCAACUCGUAUG